AUGGUGGCAAGCUUGGAUCAUAAGGCCCUUUCAGUAGAGAGGUUCUCUCGGUGGUUACGCGCGAUCUGUACCAUCAUCCUUGCUCGAAACACCGCGCCAGACAGGACUAAGGCCAUUGGGUAUGUCGAGCAAGCCCUUACCGUGAUCGAGGACCACGACGCCACCGAACAGUCUUACCCCAUGGACGAACGGCAAUGGCUGCUGGGUACUGCAUACAACACCGGAACAGAGUGCCUUCACGCUUCGUUACUUGACGAAGCAAAGAGAUGGUUCGAAACCUCGACUCGCAUUUGCCGAUUUGUUCCAGGUGGCAAGGAACGCGCUGAGAAGAUUUCGGAUACUUACAUGCACCUCCUUUCACGCUACGGAGACAAACACUAA